UCAGUUCUGACUAAAAAAAAAUGUAGCGAAAAAUCAGUCUUUAAUUUAUAUUAAACUUUUGUAAAAUUAAUAACCUUAUGUAAUUUUUUUUAAUUAAAAAAAAUCGUUUACGAAUUUGCUAAACGAAAAAACUUCAUUCUAGCCAUAUUGAACGCGUUCCAAAUUUGGAAGUUGACCUCCAUAACCUCGUUUUGCAAAUCGGUGCCAUGAUUUUCAACCAUGGCGUUCAGUAGUAUCAGGAGUUGUUGUGGUGUCGGUUGAUCGCGAGAAAUUAAUUCUUUUCAAUGGAUUAUUUUAGUUAUUUGGAUAAUUAAAGUUGCUUUUAUUAUCGUCUACCUAUACAUUGGUCUGUUUUUGUGUUUUCUGAACUGGAUAUUACAAUGGAUCGUAGAUUUCACAGAAAAAGUUGGCGUCGGAAGAACUGUGUUUUGAUGGGCUCCAGCAGUCACAGACUUCUUUCUUCUUCUACUCUCGAUGUCAUGCUCGUAUUUUUGUGGAUACUCAUAUCAUGCUCGUGCGUAUCGCACGCUGUCCAAGUCACCAGCACGUUUCGUAGCCUGAGCUUUAGCCAAGAGCCAGAAUCUCUGGUAGCUGCUGAGGACCAGGCUGUCAGGUUCUACUGCAAGGUCAACUACACGGGGAGGGAGAGUGUGGCCGUCCAUUGGUUCAAGGACGGACAGUUGAUUCGUUCAGAGGAGAGGAGGAAGUACCAGGAGGAUGGUCUCUACAUCCGGUCAGUCCAGAGCUCCAUGCCAGGUGAGACUGACCAGGGGGAGUACGUCUGCUCUGCUACUGUCUCAGGCCUAGGCACAAUCCUCAGCAAGAAAGCCAACCUCACUCUACCUCAUGUACCAAAACACUUUGAGGAGGAGCCCAAGAACCUACAGCUGGCACCAGGGGACUGGGCAGCCUUUGAGUGUUUGAUCAACAGCCACCCACCUGCCACAGUGCAAUGGUUCAAAGGUCCAACCAGGCUCCUGCCUAAUGCUAAAACUAGAAUUUUUCCUACAGGUCUGAUAGAGCUGGGUCCUAUUUCAUCAUCUGAGUAUGGUCAGUAUGGCUGCGAGGUGGAGGUCCAAGGGAAGCUUAAAGUCAGCAACCUGGCUACGCUGUCUUCAUCUAAUGAUGCCAAAAACCCGGGGCCCCCUAAGUUUGUCAUCAGACCACGCAGCCAGCGAGUGCACCAGAAGCAGACGGCCUAUCUGCAUUGUGUGGCUCAUGGCAGGGACAUGCAGGGGAAGCCACCCAUCAUCUCCUGGCUGAAAGAUGGCAGCACCAUCAAACUGGGGGCCAACAGCACCAAGAUGCACGUAGAAGGUACAGGUACCCUGGUCAUCAAGGCUGUCACAGAGGAGGACGCAGGUGACUACACCUGCAGGGCUGUUAACUCCAUCGACUCGGAGGAUGCUGAUGCCUCCCUGACUGUUCUAGUUCCUCCAAGUUUUGUGGUGACACCAAAGAAUAUUUUAGCUCACCCGAAAACAGAUGUGAUUUUUGACUGCAAGGCCACAGGCAUCCCCCAGCCUGAGGUGACCUGGGUGAAAGAUGGUCAGGUGGUGACCAAUGGUGACUACUUCCAGAUCCAGUCCCAGGGCAGCCUGCAGGUGCUGGGGGUGCUGCCCACUGACCAGGGCAUGUACCAGUGUUUUGCCAAGAAUGAUGUGGGCAGUACACAGGCCACAGCCCAGUUGCUGCUUUCCCAGGAAGCCCCCCAAAACUCCGUCUUCCACUCCCACCCUUUUCCUCUGACAGCAGGCUCCCUGUACGAGAUGUACUCCUCUACUGCCCCUGCACCCAUCAACCUCCGAGCCGCCAUUGUCAGGAUUAGGUUUGUCACUCUCAAGUGGGAGAUCCCAAACAGCUCGGAAGUCUUUGAUCUCCAAGGCAACAGAAAUAUAACUUUCACUGUUUACUGGAAGGAGAUUGGCUCAGAGAGGGAGAGAGUGAGCAACACGACGGUGCCGGAGCUGACCAUCAACGGCCUCAAGCCAAAGACUCAGUACGAGUUCCGUGUCCGCUCCUACAACAAGGGCUACAGCAAGAGGGAGGCCAAAGUUUCCAUCACAACAGAGGAGGAUGUGUCUGUCCCAAGUCCCCCGGUCAAUCUCCAGGCGGUCACCUUGUCCUCUACUGAGAUCCAGGUCAAGUGGCAGCCUCCUGUGGAGCCUAAAGGCACCAUCAAGCAUUAUACGCUGAUAUACUAUAUGGUGAAGUCAGGCUCAGAGAACCAAAUCUCAACUAAAGAAACUUCAGUCACUCUUAACAAACUACAGAAGUUCCGUGAAUACAGCUUUAGGGUGGAGGCCAACAAUGAGAAUGGCAGGGGAGUCAGCACCUCCGAAGUCUUUGCUAGAACCUACUCGGACGUGCCCACUGACACCCCACAAAACUUCACACUUGAACUGACCAGCUCUACCUCUGUGGUGGUGAGAUGGCAGCCCCCACCUGAGACAAAGCAGAAUGGGAUCAUCACAGGCUACAAGAUCAGGGUCAAGGCCAAGGGUGAGCCAGCUCAAACUGUGCCAACUGAUGGAGACAGGAACUCGUACUCUGUCACCAACCUGUCUGAGGGUACAGACUACAUGUUCAGGAUCUCAGCCAUCACAGUCAAUGGCUCCGGCCCCCUCACCCCGUGGGAGCACAUCACAACAUACAAGGAUGACUUGCAAGAAACAACAGUGCCACCAGAGCCAGCCAAACUGUAUGCCCAACCUAAAGCCAACUCUAUCCUAGUGUCUUGGGCUCCCCCACCCCCACACAGUAAAAUUCUAGUCAGAGGCUAUGUGCUGGGCUAUGGGAAGGGCAUUGCAGAUGUCUACAAACAUUCACUGGAUGCUAAUACACACCAGUACCACAUACAGAAUUUGCAGCCAAGUUCUCAGUAUGUCAUCACCAUACGAGCCUUCAAUGCUUUGGGUCAAGGUCCCAGUAGAUACGAGACUGUCAUAACCCCAGAUGAAACAGAAGUGGAGUUUGCCACACCCAUGCUGCCACCUAUUGGCCUAAAUGCCCACGUCCUGUCCCACCACACAAUCCUCCUGACAUGGUCAGAUAACUCUCUCAGCAAGAACCAGAAGAUCACAGACAACCGCUACUACACCAUCAAGUACAGACAAGCCAGCAGACAAGUCAAGUAUAGAUAUAUUAAUGCUACUGAUUUGAACUGUCACAUUGAUGGGUUGCGUCCACAUACUGAGUAUGAGUUCAUGGUCAAGGUCAUCAAAGGUCGACGUGAAUCUGAUUACAGUAUGACCGUCGUGAACAAAACUGAUGAAGCAGAGCCCAGCACAGAACCCAGAGACCUGACACCUGUGCCAGAUGAGAACAACCCUCUCCUCCUGACCUUGAACUGGCAGCCACCGUCCAAACCCAAUGGUCAGAUCACCGGCUACCUCAUCUACUACUCCACAGAUGACCACACGGACGAGAAGAUGUGGCCAGUUGAGGGUGUUGUAGGAGACAAGUUGUCCACUGUGAUAGACAAGCUGACCCCAGACACCAAGUACCACUUUAUGGUGCAAGCCAGGAACUCUAAAGGUUUCAGUCCCAAGUCACAGAAGGUGACCUACAUCACCCCUUCAGUGGCCAACCCUGACAAAAACAAUGAUGAGAAGGAGAAGGGGCUGACGACCAAUGUCAUCAUCAUCAUUGCUGCCUGCGUUGCUGGCUUUGUCUUCUGUACAGUUGUCAUCGUCAUCAUUGUUUGUUUGUGUCGCUGCCGUGGCAACAGGGCUGCUGGCCAAACCAAGAUCCCAGUGAAGGCCAGUAAGGUGCCACCCCCCAGUGUUAAACCACCUGACCUGUGGAUCCACCAGCCCAACAGCCACCUCGAGCUCCACAAGAUGGAGAGGUCCAACCGCAGCGAGAGUUCCGCUUCAGUGGCCACCAGCACACUCAGGCGGGGGUCAAGGGGAUCAGCUGACCACACGGAUGACCAGGCCUCAACACUUGAUCGAAGGCGCAACUCUUUUGUUGAUGACCGCGGCUACCCAUCCAGUGGGGAGGAGAGGUACCAGCCCAUCCAGCCCAGGAAUCUCAUCCGACCAAAACCUGUAGCACUGCCAAUGGAUAACCAGUUGUCCUUUAGGGAACCCAUAGCCACAGUGACUGCCGCACCCAAUGGCCACAUUCUCCAGUACGGGGACAAUAGUGGUAACGGACAGCUGGGAAUGCGGCCCAUCUACCCACGUACACAGUACAACACGCAGUACACCAGCGCAGCACGGGUCAACGCUGGGGACCUGCCCCACACGUGCCCACCUUCCAGUAAGGGCAAAAUGCUGACCGCUGUGGAUGAGGAUGAACGUGAUGGCAGUGUUGACAUGGUUGGCGCCAUGGAUGAGUCUUACAAUUCAAGAAUUGGAUAUGUGAAACCUCAGCAAAAUAUCAGCCCUUACAAAAAGCCUACAGCCCCUGUCAUGUCAACACCAAACAAGGGCCAGAGAACUCCAAUUCCUUUCAACUCUAAAUCUCCUGAUCUAAAGGGCAAGAAAGAUGAAGCAGAUUUGUCUAAAUCUUUGAGCACAGAAGAGCUAACAGCAGAAAUGGCCAAUCUGGAAGGCCUGAUGAAAGAUCUGAACGCAAUCACACAGCAAGAGUUUGAGUGCUAGCAGCGGGAUGGGGGAGGGUGUGUGAAUGUGUGAGUCUGAUACACAAUCACACAGCAAGAGUUUGAGUGCUAGCAGUGGGGUGGGGGAGGGUGUGUGAAUGUGUGAGACUGACACACAAUCACACAGCAAGAGUUU